GGUUUCGCAAAAAUGAUGAAAUGAAGGCUAUGGAAGUAUUGCCAAUUUUAAAGGAAAAAGUUGCGUACCUUUCAGGUGGCAGAGAUAAGCGUGGAGGUCCCAUUCUAACAUUUCCUGCUCGUAGUAAUCAUGACAGAAUACGGCAAGAAGACCUUAGAAGACUAAUUUCAUACCUAGCGUGUAUUCCUAGUGAGGAAGUAUGUAAACGAGGAUUCACCGUAAUUGUAGAUAUGCGUGGUUCAAAAUGGGACUCCAUAAAGCCUCUGUUGAAGAUUUUACAGGAAUCCUUUCCAUGUUGUAUUCAUGUUGCACUGAUAAUCAAGCCAGACAAUUUCUGGCAGAAACAGAGGACUAACUUUGGCAGCUCUAAGUUUGAGUUUGAGACAAAUAUGGUGUCUCUGGAAGGCCUUACCAAAGUAGUUGACCCUUCUCAGCUAACCCCAGAAUUUGAUGGCUGUUUGGAGUACAACCAUGAGGAGUGGAUAGAAAUCAGAGUUGCCUUUGAGGACUACAUUAGCAAUGCAACCCAUAUGCUGUCCAGACUGGAGGAACUGCAAGAUAUAUUGUCAAAAAAAGAAAUGCCUCAGGACCUGGAAGGUGCUCGCAAUAUGAUAGAGGAGCAUUCACAAUUAAAAAAGAAAGUAAUUAAGGCACCUAUCGAGGACCUUGAUGUGGAAGGACAAAAGCUGCUCCAGCGGAUACAGAGCAGUGAUAGCUUCCCCAAAAAGAACUCUGGUUCAGGGAAUGCAGACUUACAGAACCUUUUACCCAAAGUAUCCACCAUGCUGGACAGGCUGCACUCAACACGGCAGCAUCUGCAUCAGAUGUGGCAUGUGCGGAAAUUGAAAUUGGACCAAUGUUUUCAGCUCAGGCUGUUUGAGCAGGAUGCUGAAAAGAUGUUUGACUGGAUCACACACAACAAAGGUCUGUUUCUGAACAGCUACACAGAGAUCGGAACCAGCCACCCCCACGCGAUGGAGCUUCAGACACAGCACAAUCACUUUGCCAUGAACUGUAUGAAUGUGUAUGUAAACAUAAACCGCAUCAUGUCAGUAGCAAAUCGCCUGGUCGAGUCUGGCCAUUAUGCUUCACAGCAAAUAAAACAGAUUGCUAGUCAGUUGGAGCAAGAAUGGAAGGCGUUUGCUGCAGCCUUGGAUGAACGUAGCACAUUACUGGAUAUGUCCUCCAUCUUCCAUCAGAAAGCUGAACAGUACAUGAGCAAUGUGGACUCAUGGUGUAAAGCCUGUGGUGAGGUGGAGCUUCCCUCAGAACUGCAAGAUUUAGAAGAUGCUAUCCAUCAUCAUCAAGGGAUAUAUGAGCAUAUUACCUUGGCUUACUCUGAG